AUGCCUCAGGUUACGUGUAUGAUUUUUAUUGACAUGAUCGAAACAGCAGCAGCAGCCAACAACAGCGACAACAUCGAUAAACGGGCAACGGACAAGGAACACACAUCAACCAUAUUCGAAGAUUUGGAUCGUUAUUGUUGGCAACAGCAACAAACAAAUGCCGGUACGGCUGGCACUACCCUGGUUGCCAUACCCAAUGCCAGUACACCCAAUAAUACCAACAACAGCAGCAGUAACAACGCCAACAGCACCAACAACUCCUCUAACCAAAUGCAUCACACAUCCUCGUCACCUGCCACAACACUAAAUCCCCUCCACUCCAGUCUUGUCAAUCCUUCGUCACCACACAACCAUCAAUCACCCAUGACUCCAGUUAGUACGACCACAACAUCAGCAGCUGCAGCAUCGUCCUUGCCCACAACACCAGUGUCCCAAACACAGCUAAACAGCGACGGUACCAUCUCGAACAUUAUCAGUACGGAUGGUCAAAUUUAUACGUUAACAGUAUUAAAUGGCAAUGAGCCAUGGUUAAAACGUGAAACCGAUACCAGCCAUUUACAAAAUAGUUUGGAUUUUGAUAGUCUCUUGGGGAGUUUUCCAGGCUAUAUAAAAUCGGAAUAUCCCUACGAUGAUAGUGGUUUCAGUACAGAUGGUUGUAAGGAUUUAAAUGGUGAUGGGGGGAAUAUGGCGGUGGGAACGAAUCAACGUCUGCCAUCCCUAAUCAAUACCAUCGCAUCGGUGACAAGUACGGCUGGUGUGGUGGAUGGUUCUUCUGCAGUGGCACCCUUAAAUGUUGGCCAACAACUGGAUCAGUUCCAUAACAAUAAUAAUGAUUGGCAUAUGACCGAUCAUAAUAAUGAACAGAACUCUGCCGAAUCUCUGCUACGUAGUGCCCUCCAAGGUAAAGGUUAUACCAAAGGUAUGCAUAUGCACAAUGGCAUUGCAUUAAUGCCCUCAUCGCCAUCGGUAAAAGAUGAAGAUAUGCGGAGAAUAUUAUUUCCAGUUGAUACGGACGGUUUAAAUUUCUCCGAUACCUCACUGAGUGCGGCACAAAUUUUCGAUGAUACUCAAAAUGCCAACGGUCACAAUCCACAUAUGAUGGUGCCACAUUCGCCGGUCACCAAUGGUCCACUCACGCCAGUCACAAAUGCUAAUGGCAAUAACAACGUCAGCAACAACAACAACAACAGUGCCAACAGUAAUAACAAUAAUAAUAGCGGCAACAGCAAUAACAAUAAUCAAACGAGCAAUAUGAUGGUCGAUGAUAUGUUCCUAACGUUGGAGAAUGCAUUCAGCGAUGAUUUUGAGAAAAUCAAACAGUUCUGCACCACAGCCACGGCCAAUGAUUAUCAUGCAAAUGAGGUGAUGAUGCAACUUUCGCCCAGUGUCACAGGUGGUGGUGGCGCUGGUGGUGUGGUCGCAUCAACAGGUCCGAUGGCAGUGACAACGCAGCAGCAAUUACAGACACUGCAUGCUGGUGCGACAUCAGCCGCAGUGGCAGCAACAACAACACCAAAUAAUGGGCUAACAGCACAAAUGUCGUUGCAGCAGCAGCAGCCGCAACAACAGCCACCACCUCAGCCAUUGAAGCCGGAAGUGACAACUUCAAGUCAACGCAUGGUGUCCACGGCGAAAGUUACCAAGAAAUAUAAACGAACAUUAUCGACACACAGUAAUCACAGUAACAACAACAAUAAUCCUAAUGUCAUUAAUCACAAUAACAAUAAUAUCAUUAACAAUGCCAACAACAACAGUAACAGUAAUUUAACCACUUCCAAUAAAGGUUCCAGUAAUUUAGCAUUCACAAAUGGCAAUCGUAAUGGACCGGCCUCAAAUGGCAGCAGUACAACCAGUAGUAAUAGUCCCACUCACUGUAACGGUCAACGUAAGGAACGUUCUCUGCAUUAUUGUUCGAUAUGUUCGAAGGGUUUCAAAGACAAAUAUUCCGUAAAUGUUCACAUACGAACACACACCGGCGAAAAGCCCUUUGCCUGUACACUGUGUGGUAAAAGUUUUCGCCAAAAAGCCCAUUUGGCAAAACAUUAUCAGACACACAUGGCCCAAAAGAAUAAUGGCAGUUUGGUUAAGGGUAAUUCAAAUAAACAUCAUCGCGCCUCGGCCGCAGCGGCGGCGGCAGCAGCUGCCGCUCAACAACAACAGCAGCAUCAGCAACAACAACAGAAUUUAAAUUCUUCGAAUGUUAUGCAAAAUCAUGUACGUCCCCUGAGUUCUGCCUCUUCAGCUCCUACAACACCCACCCUGACCCAUCAUGGUAUGGGUUUGGUCAAUGGCCUCCUAAGCACUUCAACGGCAUUGGCUUUGGGUGUGGCACCGCCUUCUCUGCCAACCACACCCACGACACCCAAUACAAUACUACCGCCAGCCAAUGGUCUACUGGCCAACAGGUAGAA